AUGUCUGGCGAAGGCACCGGGCGAGGCCUCCGAGACAUAACGUUUCAUCUCAUUUCGCUCCUGGUCAUCGCGACAUUCGGCCCGCUGCAGUUUGGCUUCCAUUUGGCCGAGCUCAACGCGCCCCAGGAUGUCAUUACCUGCAAGAAAAAAUCAAUUUCCUCUCUCGUGAGGCUGGCAGCACGUCUUGUCGCCACUGGUCGCAACGAUGACACCACCAGCUGGGUCCCAGAGUGCAUCCCCAUGAACGAGGCUGCCUUUGCCUUUGUGUCGUCGGUCUUCACCGUCGGUGGGCUCAUCGGCGCCCUCAGCUCCGGUGAUUUCGCUUCCAGGCGCGGCCGCCUGCCUGCCAUGCGUCUGACCGCUCUGCUGUUUGCUCUAGGCUCGAUUGUCGAGACCCUGUCUGGAAGCGUGGCCUUUUUCUCACUGGGUCGCUUCCUGGCCGGCAUCGGCGCCGGCGGUGCGACCGUCAUCGUUCCUCUGUACAUUAGUGAGAUUGCACCUCCUGACCAGAGGGGCCUCUUUGGCGUCAUGACACAAGUCUCGAUCAAUAUUGGUAUCCUGACAGCGCAGGUAUUGGGGUACUUUUUAAGCCACGGUGGUGCAUGGAGGGUCAUUCUUGGGGCUGCCGUUUGCAUAGCUGUGGCCCAAGCAGUUGGCCUGCUGGCUGUUCCCGAGAGCCCAGCAUGGGUUGCCGCUCACGGUGAUGUCUCGCGCGCGAAGCGAAUCUUGCAAAAGAUUCGCGGCCACAAUGUCGACAUUGAGCACGAGACUGACGCGUGGGGAGCUGAUGGUCCCGCUGGAGAAGCGCAAGGCUUGCUCUCGCAGUCGGAAGAAGGUAUAGUUCCUGCCGCUGGGGAGACUAAUCCGCCGAAACAUCUGGGGUUCCUCCAAGUAGUCAAAGACCCCUUGUACCGGCCAGCCAUUAUCGCUGUGGUCGGAGUCAAUUGUGUGCAACAAGUUUGUGGCAUUAACUCGAUCAUUAUGUACUCUGUUUCGCUUCUACAGGAUCUUUUACCCAUCUCGUCGGUUCUUCUCACCAUUCUGGUGUCUGUCGUGAACCUGGCGAUGACCAUCAGCUGCUCGCCAUUGCCAGACCGCAUUGGACGCAAGACUUGUCUCCUGAUCUCUGUGGUUGGCCAAGGAUGCAGCUCCUUUGCUCUCGCCCUGUCGAUUGUCACUGGCUUCCAGAUCUUGUCCGCCUUUGCCGUCGUCUUCUUCGUCGCCUUCUUCGCCGUUGGACUGGGUCCUGUGCCCUUUAUCCUCGCUUCCGAGUUGGUUGGCCAAGAGGCAGUCGGCGCCGCCCAGAGCUGGGCUCUCGCUGGAGCCUAUGUUUCGACAUUUAUUGUUGCCCAGUUUUUCCCCAUCCUCAAUACUGCUCUCAACAAGGCCUUUGGCGGCCAUGGAGGCUGGGUUUACUUUCUUUUUGCUGCGGUAGCUGCCGCAUCUGCCCUCUUCAUCGCUUGGAGAGUCCCCGAGACAAAGGGUAAGAAGGAUGUUGAUGAAGUCUGGGGCCGGACUCGUCGCCUGGACUAG